CCCCGGCCCGGCCCGGCGCGGCUCACCUUGCCCGGCACCCCGCGGUGGUCGGUGCUGCCCUGCCAGAAGCGGCGGCUGUAGCCCCGGACGCGCCCCACCAGCUUCUCCUGAGUCUGAUCCCAAGGAUGGAUUUCACGGAGGCCUAUUCCGACCGGUGCUCGGCCGUGGGCCUUGCAGCCAGGGAAGGGAAGGUUGAAAUCCUGAGGAAAUUAAUUGAUCAGGGAUACAGCAUCGAUGUCCCGGAUAACAGGAGGUGGUUGCCCAUCCACGAAGCGGCAGCACACAAUUCCAGUGAGUGCCUGAGGCUGCUCCUUGGUGCAGCCCCAUUUGCUGACUACAUCCACUCGAGGACGUUCGAAGGGCUGUGUGCUCUGCACCUCUCGGCGCGUCACGGGGCCUUGGACUGUCUCCGUGUCCUCCUAGAGGCUGGGGCUGACCUCAACGAUGCCACCACCGACGCCACCACCCCGCUCUUCCUAGCUGUUGAAAAUAAACACACAGAGGUAGUAAAGUUUCUGCUUCAACAUGGGGCAAAUAUUGAAGGUCCUCAUUGUUGGUCCGGGUGGAAUUCUUUGCACCAAGCUUCUUUUCAGGGUUCCACUGAGAUAAUGGAAAUCCUCCUGGAGAGAGGGGCAAGCAAGAACUGUAGGGAUGACUUUGGAAUUACCCCCCUGUUUGUUGCUGCUCAGUACGGCCAGCUGGAGAGUUUACGGCUGCUGGUGUCCCACGGUGCAGACCUCAACUGCCAGGCCAAGGACAGAGCCACCCCCCUGCUGAUUGCUGCACAGGAGGGACACUUGGAGUGUGUGAAGCUGCUGUUGGCAGCAGGGGCAGAUCCAAACCUCUACUGCAACGAGGACAAGUGGCAGUUACCAAUUCACGCCGCGGCCGAAAUGGGCCAUGUCAAGAUCCUGGAGCUGCUGAUCCCAGUUACUGACCGGAUCUGCGACAAGGGCAAGGGCAAACUGAGCCCUGUGUAUUCUGCGAUAUAUGGAGGGGAUGAGGCGUGUCUGGAGCUGCUGCUGAAACAGGGCUUCAGCCCAAAUGCCCAGGAGUGCCUUGACUUCGACUGCAGAUCCCCCAUGUGCAUGAUCUUCCAAAAAGAGUAUUUUCACUUCACCAACAUGCUCCUGAAGUACGGGAUCACCCUCCGUGCCGUUAACUUGGGACACUGCCUGUACCAUAAGAAGUUCGCUUUGUUUCGGCGCUUCCUGAGGCUGGGCUGUUCCCUGCCCUCGGGGGAGCACUUGGCGGAUUUCAUCCAGUACAGCAGCACGGUGCGGAAGGAGUACAAGCACUGGCUGCCCUCGCUGCUGCUGGCCGGCUUUAACCCCGUGGAUCUCAUGCGUGCCCACUGGAUUUUCUCCGAGAGUGAGGACAUCCUUAACUUCCUCCUGGAGUUCACGAACUGGAGUAGACUUCCUCCAUAUGUGGAGCGACUCCUUUCCCAGUACAAGGAGGAGUUCACCUGGACUCCCAAGAGCCACUUUGCCUUCAUUCCGCCCCUGUCUCACCUGUGCCGGCUGGAGAUCCGGGCCUUGCUGGGGAGCGAGCGGCUGCGGUCGGAGCGCGCCAUCCGGGCACUGCCGCUGCCGCUGUGCCUGCAGGAGUACCUGCUCUACCUGGAUGUGCUGCGGGCCAGCGCUGUCCCACACCUGCAGGAUUCCCCGGAGGAGGGAGAGCAGGGAGAGCAGGGAGAUCCUGCCACCACUCACUGCGUGCCUGAGGAUGCGGGGAGGAGGGACGCCGGUGACACCAGUGCCUGAGCGACGUGGGUUUUGUAACGGCAAUGAGGAGACACAACUGUAAAUACCUGCUGUAAGAAUUCUUUCCAAGCUGUAGUUUUAUACUACAUCUAUAACUUUGCUACGAGUUCUAUGAUUUGUUGUUUAAAAAGCCCGUUGUAGCUUUCUAAGGGAACAUUUUCUGUUGUGUUUUUUUUUUUUUUUUUUUUUUUUU